AUGGCUCAAACGGCUGCUGCUAACCAAUCCACUCUGCUACCCCUCGAAUUGGUAGAUAAAUGCAUCGGCUCCAGGAUACAUAUCAUUAUGAAGAAUGAUAAAGAGAUCGUGGGAACACUGCUUGGGUUCGACGAUUUCGUCAACAUGCUGCUGGAGGACGUCACCGAGUACGAGAACACAUCCGAAGGACGACGAAUAACCAAGCUCGAUCAAAUUUUGCUGAACGGCAACAAUAUCACUAUGCUCGUACCCGGUUCCAGCGGCGACAUUCCGGAAGCGUCCUAAAGGUCGGUGUGCUCUAGUUUGUAUUUUCAGCUACAGUUACGGAACUUGUGAAAUGGUCGUGAAUUAACGUAAUUAAAAGAACGAAA